AUGAAUGUAAGUACUUUAAAUCAUGUUGAUUUAAGCAUGUAUAAGUAUGAUCAUUACUUUAUUUUGUAGCGUUUGCCACCUUUCAUUUCCGUGUCAUAUUUUUAUCAAUCCUGUGAUAAGAUAAAUAAAUAUUUAUUCAGAUGCCUUUGGCUCCGUUUAGUCAGCGAAUUGGCAAUGAUUUGAACUUGUUUAAGAUUGACGCUCAAUGGCCAAAGCAUCAGAUGCCAUUGGUAAGUUAAAUUAUGUUAUUUUAGUUGAUCGAGGUUAUAUUAUGUUAGGGUUUGAUUUUAAUGCCCUAUAUUAUAGAAAAUCUAUUAUAAAAAUAUCUUUUUUGAUGCUGUGGUUGUAUUUGAUUUUUUUAUUAUUACUGAACUAAUAUUUUUCUUUCAGGACGUGGUUCGCAUCCCACCGCACUUGAUUCCGGAUCAAGAUGCCGAGUUCAAUCUUCUGAUUCAAGAAAACGAAUUGUGGCAGGAAAAUCGACCAUCCGCGUUUUGUUUCGACCACGCGCAUAACACUUCCGCUUAA